UUAGUGUCGGAAGAUGUCUGGUCGCGGAAAGCAAGGCGGCAAGGCUCGCGCCAAAGCUAAGACUCGGUCUUCAAGGGCUGGCCUUCAGUUUCCGGUUGGCAGAGUGCAUCGUUUGUUGCGUAAGGGUAACUACUCCGAGCGAGUUGGAGCCGGAGCUCCGGUGUACCUGGCAGCAGUGCUGGAGUACUUGACCGCUGAAAUCUUGGAGUUGGCGGGUAACGCGGCUCGGGACAACAAGAAGACGCGUAUCAUUCCACGCCAUCUACAGCUAGCUAUCCGCAACGACGAGGAGCUCAACAAGCUGCUGGGCAAAGUUACUAUUGCGCAGGGUGGUGUUUUACCCAACAUUCAGGCUGUACUGCUCCCCAAGAAGACUGAAAGCCAUCACAAAGCCAAGGGCAAGUAAAUAUGGGAAGUUAGUGUUUUGGUCCCUAAAGUCGUCAUUUAUAACCAAAGGCUCUUUUCAGAGCCACCACGUAUUCGUUAAAAGGGCUUGCAUUUUCCCUACUUUUUUUUUUUUUUAAAUCCU